AGUGACCGACGGAAACUUUCGUGGCCCUAAUUCCACGGAGCAAACGGCUGCUUCAAGGUACAAAAACCCCCACAAAUCUGAUUGGUCAGGACGUGGGCAGGCAACGAGAUAAAAAGGGGUAUUUUGGAGUGUGGGACAGCAUUGACCAGGUUGACAUCAACGCUGAAGACGUUUCGAUGGCUCGUAUGCUGGCGAUUGCUGCUAUUGCGCUUGCAAGUGUGUAUCUUGCAAGUGGACAGGAGGUCGACAAUCAUAAGCAUAAGCGAUCCAGCUGGAACUUUGCUUGGAUGAUCUACCGUGUCACGGGAAGAAAUCCACUCGAUUACAGUGGCUACGGCUGUCACUGUAUUUUGGGAAGUGAAGGACACCCAGUCGAUGCUGUGGACAAGUGCUGUCAAGUUCACAACCGAUGCUAUGACGCCGCAUUCAGUAUGGGGUGCGCACCGCAUUUGGAUUCUUAUGAAUUCAGCACUCGAGGAAAAGCCAUAACCUGCAGGAAGCAGGGAUCACCAUGCGAAACACUGGCAUGCUCCUGUGACAAAGCUGCCGUGGAGUGUUUCGCAAUUCACGACUUUGACGACAAUUUCCAGAAUUUCAAGAGAAACGGAGUUUGUGACAAUUAGAAAACAGCCGUUUUAUGAGGAGGGAAUAAAGACACAACAUUCGCAUUUUAAAGCACCUACGUUUACGUAUGAUCGGUGAUAACCCGCAAAAUAAUAUGAUUUACGAUAAACCAAACGUUGGAUGUAAAAUAUGCCAUUAAAUUCGUUAUUUAAAUUAUAAAACAUGUUAACCAAUUUUGUUUACUUAAAAAUUAGGAUUCAACCCAUACAGACAUGAAAUUAUGGAUCAAAAUAUCCUUUGAGCUAUACCGAUCGCAUCCUUAGGCUGUCAUUCAGUUUCAUGACUUAAUUAAUUAGUUGUCUAAUUAAGUUAAUCGUGAAGAUCAUAUGUGACUGCAGGUUGUGCUAUUAUUGGUGAAAAUACUGUAUAACUAUGGUGCAGGACUGCAGUUGUGCUUUAGUGGUGAAAUAUAAUUCCUGAUGACUUGUGCUGAAGUGCAUCAAAUGAAACAAAAAAAAUGUAAUUUGAAAAACAAUUCUAUUGAUAAUGCGAACUAAGAUGAUUACAACUGGUUGUGGUGUUUGCACUAUAUAUAAUAAAGUGUUCAAUGGAUGUUCAAGUAUCACUCUUUCUAUUUGAUAUGGAUUUGAAUUGAGUAGCAAUUUCAUAUAAAUCACUGGAGUGAUAUGACCUUGCCGAUGACCAAAUCACCAAAAAUGGAUGAUA